UGCCCAGAAUGACUCGCGCUCACAUACCGAUCCUGGACCUGCAGAUGAAAUGUGGCUCCGUAGUACACGAUGUCUCAGUGUGGCGGGAAGAAGCACUAAAUGAGCUCUAUGUCGGGGACAUCAUUGAGCUCAGUCACCUGAAAGUAAACGGAAGACCAGAUGGAAGAGCAAAAUUCGACUCUUCCAAUCACACAACUUUUAAGCUUAUUGAUAGGCAUAUCCAGGAGGCAGUUCUUGAGAUCGUUGGAGUGUCAGAGAUGCACGACAAGUUCAUCCUCCUGGAAAGCCAUAUGGAUGAGUACAUAGUGCCUGUACAUUUUCAUGCAGGCACUAUUGAGGAGCUGGCAAACCAGCUCCCACUUCAAUUAAAACUCAGGCACAUCUGUGGAAGCGUCCUCCACGUGGAACCAGCCAGUGUGAAACGGGUCCCUCCAGAUGUACCUCGUGGAGGAUCUGCUGGUGUGGAACCGGUCCCUCCAGACGUACCUCGUGGAGGAUCUGCCGGUGUGGAACAGGUCCCUCCAGACGUACCUCGUGGAGGAUCUGCCGGUGUGGAACAGGUCCCUCCAGACGUACCUCGUGGAGGAUCUGCCGGUGUGGAACAGGUCCCUCCAGUUGUACCUCGUGGAGGAUCUGCUGGUGUGGAACAGGUCCCUCCUGAUGUUCCUAGUGGAGGAUCUGCCAGUGUGGAUCAAGUCCCUCCAGAUGUUCACAGUGGAGGAUCUGCUGACCCCGAUCAGGUCCAUCCAGAAGACACUCAGGACUCAAUGGACUGCCUUUUCUAGGGUUUG